ACAGCACACACCUCGAACGGUUUCAGCAAUCCAAUAAUCAUCAUGAGCUCCUCGGUCUUUGCCCUUCUCUUCGCUGGACUUGCCCUUUCUUCCGCACAAGUCGCCGUUAACGGGCCAUUCAUGGGAAGAUACUACGUGGCUGCCAAGCCAGUAUUGGCUCCAGGAGUUGCCCCAGUCGCAGCACCAGUGCUCGCAGCUGCUCCAACAGUCUUGGCUGCCCCAGCUCCUCUUCUUGCUCCACCAGCCCCACUUUUGGCUCCACCAGCACCAGUUCUUGCUGCAGCUCCAGCAUUCGCUGCUCCAGCGCCAGUUUUUGCUGCCCCACCAGCUCCAGUCUUGGCUGCUCCAGCUCCAUUUUUGGCUCCACCAGUCCCACCAGUUGCUCCAAUCGUUUCAGCCUUUGCCCCAAGACCAGUCCUUGCUGCCCCAGCAUUCGCACCCGCUCCAAUUCUUGCUCCAAGACCGGUUCUCGCUGCUCCAGCUAUUCCAGCUUUUGCUCCGGCCCCACUUCUUGCACCAAGACCAGUUCUCGCAGCUCCAGCUAUUCCAGCUUUCGCCCCAGCUCCAAUUAUUGCUCCAAGACCAGUGCUUGCUGCCCCAGCAAUUCCAGCUUUUGCUCCAGCAGUUCCAGCUGCCAUCCCAGCCUAUGCUCCAUUUGCUCGUUCUGCUUUCCUCAUCGGAGGAAACAAGGCCAAGACCGUCAAGGCUUAAGUUCGAAUCAUCGUGCUCUAAUUAUUUUUGAUUUUCUGUAUAUACCGAUCGACGUUUUCCUUUCAAAUUCUUCUGCGAUUUAAUGACAAUACAUUUAUUUCGACUUACAAUUACAAUUUAAAAUCUUCAUGCUAAGUGUUCCUGAGUAUUACGAUCGCUCUCAAUUAAAUUAGGUCUCAAUUAAGUUAUCACAAAUUUUUUGAAAAGAAUUACUGAAAAAUUACUGCUGUUUAAAAAAGAGUACAAUUGCUAUAACAAAAUAGUUACAAAUAAGUCAAAGUUAUGAAUCAUUAUUUUGAUUUUGGGUGUUUGAGUUAUUGAUUGUUCCUCGUAAUGCUUUCAAAGUUACAAAGGACAAAAUGGCUCUUCUGUAUGGUUCAAUGAAUAU